AAUCAUUUUUCACCAAUUCUUAUUAGUUAUAAUUUUCAAAAUAAAAUUAUUAAAAACACGCAAUUUAGAAUGAAUUCAUCAUUGAUUAUUAACGUUACCCCUAAAAAAAAUGAUUUUAUUUCGUUUAAUGGUUCAUUUAAAAUUAAUUUUAUUCAACAACAGAAAAGAUUUUAUAAUGAGAAUACGAAUGCUUCUAGUGUUUGGGAUCCUUAUCCAGUACCAACAAAUCCUUUAAUUGAUAAAUCUGCAGAAACUGCACUUGAUGAAGCGAAUUAUAAAAAAUCUCGUCCUCAAGGUGGUCAAAGUCCACCAUCAUUACAUCAAGUAAAUCAGUCAGGACGUAAAAAAUAUAAGAUUAAUAUUUCUGAUUUAUUUUCUCCUCGUGUAAGAGAUGCUGUAUUAACCACAGUUAUGGGUAUAGCUGCUGUUGGAUUUGGUGGUGUAGUGUACCAUACUUGGUAUGAAUGGCACGAAGUUCAUAAAGUAUUAAAAUCAUUUUUAAAACCUGCCUAUCUUUUAAAAUCAAAAAUAAAAGAAGUCUAUUUUGCGAGAGAAGAAUAUCAAAAAAUCUUUAGUGUGGUAGCAGGUGAUACAAAAGGAAAAUAUUAUUUAUUAGUCGGCGAAAAUGGUACUGGAAAAACUCAAUUAGUAUUAAGGGCUAUGGAUAUCAUAAAUCAUUAUGGUGUCGUAUUUUGUGAAGCUCAUUCGGAUACUGAAAUUUUUAAAACAAGAUUAGGUAGAGCGUUAAAUUAUACUUUUAGAGAAGAUUACAUCGGUGGUUUGUUUGCAAGGGAGGCUCCUGAAAGAGGUUCUGCGUUACUUGAUGUUGAAAAAGCUUUGAAUAUGGUGGAAGAAGUUGCUUAUAAACAUAAACUUCGUCAUGGUCGACCAUUUGUUCUUAUAAUUAAUAAUAUUCAUAAUUUUAAAGAUGAUGAAGAUGGAUGUGAUUUGUUAGAACUUUUACAACAACGUGCUGAAGCUUGGGCUUCUAGUGGUUUUGUUACAAUGAUUUUCAAUACAGAUGAUUAUAGUGUAUACGAGAGAAUGAAAAUGGAUGCAUCUCAUAUGGAAACAAUUAGAGUUCAUGAUUUAGAAAUUGAUGAUGCUAUGAAGUAUUUAAAGGACAAACGUCGUGGUCGUGAAUCAGACGAAGUUUUAAUGCAUAUCGUGAAAGAUCGUAUUGGUGGGCGUCUCUCCCAUCUUAGUCGUUUGACUAAAGAACCUGAUGUUGAUAUUUUCGAGGCUGUAAAUCAACUUGAAGAUGAAGAAGAAACUUGGUUAAUUAAUACUAUAGGUCUCAUACCAAAUUUUGAUGGACCAGAAUACGAAUCACAAAAAUAUGCUUUAGCAGCAUGGAAACUUAUUAAAGAAUUGAUAAAAUCACCAACAAAAUCUGUCACAUUAAGUAUGGGAAGGGAUAUAACUGGUAAUCCAAGGUAUUUGAAAAAAUUGGAUCAUGAUGGUGUUAUUUUAAUUGAUACUGAAAAUCAUAUUAAACCUGAUUCACAAAUAUCAAUAAAUUUUUUUGAGAAAAUUGUUAAAUCUAAAGGUUUUGAAGAAAAAUUGGCUAAAGUUGAAAAAAGAUUAGAACAAGUUGAAAGGGAAGAAAGAACAAGAGAAUUAAUUUGGAGUAAUAAAAAUAAGAGAUCUUGGUGGAUUUAGAAAAAAGUUAUAUUGAUAUAUUUUAAUAUGUAGUAGUAGUGUAGUACAUAAUAUAUAGUGUAUAUUAUAAAUAUGAAUAUUAUCUUGAAAAUAAAUGUAAUUUUAUAAAUCAUUUUCCUUAAAAUAUACUUCUUUUU